AUGGCUGGAGCGCUCAGUAUUAGCAGCCAACCAACCAAGACACAUUUAUCAUCGACACAAGCAUUGAUAGAUACUCCUGAGAUUCAGCAUGACUUGUCGACAUCAAACAUUCAAGGUGCUUGUAAAGAUUUCGCCGCUAUCUUAGGUCCAGAGAACGUUUCAGCAGAACGUAGCGAUCUCGUUACCCAUUCUGGCUCCGACUAUCAGUCGUAUGCCUGGACUGAAGAGUCAGCCAUCUUGUCACAAGUCAUCCUCUACCCUGAGACUACAGAACAGGUUUCAGAACUUAUGAAAGUAUGCUUCCGACGUCGGCUGCCAGUCACGCCGUACUCGGGAGGCACGUCGAUCGAAGGCCAGUACAUACCUCAUCUACGGGGCAUAUGCAUUGACUUUGGUCGAAUGAGCAAUAUAUUGGAGCUCAACAAGUAUGAUCUCGACUGCGUUGUGCAGCCUGGGAUUGGCUGGAUGGACCUCAACGAGGAGUUGGCAGCCCAUGGUCUGUUCUUCCCCCCAGACCCUGGUCCGGGCGCCAUGAUUGGAGGAAUGGGUGGCACAGGGUGCUCUGGAACAAACGCAGCGGCAUACAGAACUAUGAAAGACUGGGUCCUAUCACUGACCGUCGUACUCGCGGAUGGAGCAAUCAUCAAGACUCGCCAACGUGCCAGAAAGUCAAGCGCAGGCUACGACCUGACAAGGACCUUUGUCGGCAGCGAGGGGACCCUUGGCCUCGUCACCGAAGCUACGCUGAAGCUGGCAGUUAAGCCACCCUGUGAGGCCGUAGCCGUAUGCACAUUUCCAACGCUACGAGACGCAGCCUCGGCAGUUCGAGAAGUGCUGUCCAAUGGCAUCCAAGUUGCCGCUGUUGAGAUCCUUGACGAAGUACAGAUGAAAAGCAUCAAUGAUUCUGCUUUGACGAGGCUGAAGUGGAAAGAAGAGCCAACUCUCUUCUUCAAGUUCACAGGGAGCGAUGACUUCAUGGUGGAACACCUUGCCAAGCAAGUUGGAAAUAUCACGAAGCAAAACGGCAGUACGGCAUACACAUUCGCGUCCGACGAGACUGAACGAAAUGAAUUAUGGUCGGCAAGGAAGAAUGCACUGUGGAGCAUGCUCGCCAUGCGAAAGUCACCAACUGACAAAGUAUGGACUACUGAUGUAGCUGUUCCUCUAAGCAGACUUCCUGAUAUCAUAGAGUUUGCCAAAGCCGAUAUCGAGAAAUCAGGUUUACUUGGCUCAAUUGUUGGGCGCGUUGGCGACGGGAACUUCCAUACUCUUUUACUAAUCCCCGAGGACAAGCACCAUAUCGCGGAAGAUGUUGUUCACCGAAUGGUCGAUAAAGCUAAUGAGAUGAAAGGUACAGCGACGGGGGAACAUGACGUCGUACUUGUGAAGAGGGACUAUUUGUAG